AUGUACGACUUGAACGUGCCAUGGCCGCUGCUGUCGUAUGGACCGCCGCCCCUGGCGACCCAAAUGACAAACUUCUAUAAUGUCAUUGCCAUGCUAUAUUCCCUCGGCUAUAAGUACCUUGCGGUGAACUAUGUGGUUCAGGAAAAUACCAAGCUUCCAUUCAAUACUCCAGAUAAACUUAACCCUAUACCGAUUGAAACGCUUCGAAAGAACUUGAAAAAAUAUGAAGGGCUCCGAUUGUUUACGAGAAUUACGUUGGUGAUUUCAGAUCCCGCCAAAUGCCAGAGUAUCCUGAAACUUAAUGCUUCUUCUGCUUUCGACCUCAUCGCCGUGCAGCCAUCUACAGAAAAGGCUCUUCAGCUCACCACAACAAACUUAGACAUAGACAUUGUUUCGUUGCCGAUGGGAACGAGGUUGCCGUUUUUCAUUAAACACAAGACGGUGGGCCAGGCGUUGGAAAAGGGCAUGAAGUUCGAAAUAUGCUAUCUGGGUCUAAUAUCUGGUCCUGCUCUGUAUGAAACAUCGAUGGUUUUGGGCACUACAGGGCAUUUGAGCAGGAAGAACUUUAUUUCGAACGUUCUUCAGCUUAUCAGAGCAAGCAGGAAUAAAGGGCUUAUAUUUUCCAGUGGUGCUCUGGAACCUAUGCAUGCUAGAAACUAUAGCGAUAUCUUAGCAUUAAUGGAGACGCUUGGGUUGAAGGUUUCCAACGGAAAAGAGGGGUUUGUGAAGAACCCUGAAUUGUCUCUCAUGGCCGGAAGACUCAGGAUCAAAUCUAAUAAGCAGACUGUUAUGGUGGGUAACCAAGGCGGCGAAGGCAGAGCAGCCGCAGCCAUUAUCGAUGAAAUCACCCCAAAGAAACUAGAGUCUACGAAAAGGGCCAAGAGUGACGAUGAUACGGCUUCUGCCAAGCGCAGAAAGCAGUAA